CCUGCUGAAAACAUGGCAGCUCGCAUAGGUGUCGGCUGUGUGACCCGAGCUCUGGUCGCCGCCCCGAACCCCGGGGCAUGGAGGAGCCUGUGUACCUCGGCCGUGGCGCACGCCGCCUCCCGGAGCCAGGCUGAGGACAUGAGAGUUGAGGGAGCAUUUCCCGUGACUAUGCUGCCAGGAGACGGCGUGGGGCCCGAACUGAUGCACGCUGUCAAGGAGGUGUUCAAGGCAGCCUCUGUCCCAGUGGAGUUCCAGGAGCAUCACCUGAGCGAGGUGCAGAAUAUGGCAUCUGAGGAGAAGCUGGAGCAGGUGUUGAGUUCCAUGAAGGAAAACAAGGUGGCCAUCAUUGGAAAGAUCCAUACCCCGAUGGAAUAUAAGGGCGAGCUAGCCUCCUACGAUAUGCGGCUGAGGCGUAAGUUGGACUUGUUUGCCAAUGUAGUCCAUGUGAAAUCACUUCCUGGGUACAAGACUCGACACAACAAUCUAGAUCUGGUGAUCAUUCGGGAGCAGACAGAAGGAGAAUACAGCUCCCUGGAACAUGAGAGUGCAAGAGGUGUGAUUGAGUGCUUGAAGAUUGUCACUCGAACCAAAUCUCAGCGGAUUGCAAAGUUUGCCUUUGACUAUGCCACCAAGAAGGGGCGGGGCAAGGUCACGGCUGUCCACAAGGCCAACAUCAUGAAACUUGGGGAUGGAUUGUUCCUGCAGUGCUGUGAGGAAGUUGCUGAAUUGUACCCCAAAAUCAAGUUUGAGACAAUGAUCAUAGACAACUGCUGCAUGCAGCUGGUGCAGAAUCCUUACCAGUUUGAUGUGCUAGUGAUGCCCAAUCUCUAUGGGAACAUUAUCGACAAUCUGGCUGCUGGCUUGGUUGGGGGAGCUGGUGUGGUCCCUGGUGAGAGCUACAGUGCAGAGUACGCAGUCUUUGAGACGGGAGCCCGGCACCCGUUUGCCCAGGCAGUGGGCAGGAACAUCGCCAACCCCACAGCCAUGCUGCUCUCCGCUUCCAACAUGCUGCGGCACCUGAAUCUCGAGUAUCACUCCAACAUGAUUGCGGAUGCAGUGAAGAAGGUGAUCAAGGUUGGCAAGGUACCGUCUGCUAUUCCCUCUUUCCUGCUCCUUCCAUUGGCUCUUUUGUGGCCGUCUGAAGGCAGCACUUGCAGCUCUUUAUCCGGGGAGAGCCCGGGGGACGGAGGAGCAGAGGGACAUAGCAGGCAGGAUGAGGCCCAGGUGGCACCUUCACACCUGGAAGCCUGUCCCCGUCUGCAUCCCUGGCCGCCUUUCCCCGCACCUGGUCUGACUUUCUCCAAGGCAUCCGUGUCCUGUCUCUGAUUCGCAUUCUCCAUCUCACUUCACGCUCAGCCUCCCUCCCAUCCUGCCCCGGCUGCAGCACAGCUCCGACAGGGGCUCUGGCCCUCCGCACAUCUGGCCACCUCCUUGCGACUGCCGCACUGCAUCUUCCUGGCCUUGCCAUCCUUUCUUGGAUUCCAUUUCCAUCACAUUGCCCUAUCCCCCCUUCAUGGGCUCUCUUCUCUUCUUCCCCACGGCUGUUGCCGGUGGUGG